AUCUGUCAAUAAUCUUCAUUAUCAUUCCGUCAUUUCUCACGGGAAAAUAUACGUAAAUUGUUUGUGUUGUAUGAAUAUAAAAAUCAUCUGAUUGUCGUGUUUGUAGUGAUAAUGUGGAAACGAAUUAAAGAAACCCAUUACUUUUUGUUUUUUUCAACUGAGCAUGGAUAUGAAAUAUGCAUCACGGACAACAUUAACGUAUGGACCAUCUUGUAUUCCCAAACUGAAUUUCUAGAUGAAAUAAAGACAAGUAAUGAUGGCCUUGAAUUGGCAGAUGAUAAUGAAUAUCUUCGGAGAGGCAUGCAUCUGGUGUCCAAUAUUGAUUACUUGACAAAGUUUGAAAUAUUAAAAUUAGAUAAUGGGUUAACUCUGUUUAUUUCACUGACUAUGUCAUUUAGAUUCCCUUUUUACCUUAAAUGUAAACUAUCAAAGGGUUCACAGGAACUAUUUUACCAAAAAGUCACUCGGCCAUUGCUGAAGUCUAUUUCUGAUUUACGUGAGAGCCAGAGUGAGCUGCGUCGCUUGCUGAUAAAGAAGGACAUGGAGAUAGAGGAGUAUAAGGCUAGUUCCGGAGUAGUUGACCGGUACCUGCAGACAGUGCCAUUCAAUGAUGCUGAGCACAUGUUCAAGCAUAAAGUUUAUGAUGAAAACUUUAGCCUGUCUCCAAAAACCAUUACUGAAAAUGUCAAACAUCUGGAUAAUACUGUUGGGAGGCAAAUGCAAAAUCGAAAUGAAAACCAAGCAGUAAUACAAGAGCCGGUGCCAAAUGUAAGACCUCAGGUAAAUGUUAGACCUGAGGGUAAUGUUAGACCUGAGAGAAAUGUAAGGCCUGAGGGAAAUGUUAGGCCUGAGAGAAAUGUAAGGCCUGAGGGUAAUGUUAGGCCUGAGAGAAAUGUUAGGCCUGAGGUAAAUGUUAGGCCUGAGAGAAAUGUAAGACCUGAGGGAAAUGUAAGACCUGAGAGAAAUGCUCGACCUGAGGGAAAUGUUAGGCCUGAGAGAAAUGUAAGACCUGAGGUAAAUGUUAGGUCUGAAAGAAAUGUUCGACCUGAGGGAAAUGUUAGGCCUGAGAGAAAUGUAAGACCCGAGGAAAAUGUUGAGCGUGAGGCAAAUGUAAGACCUGAAGUAAAUGUACGACCGGAGCCACAGGCCCCUGUUAAACAGGAACCUGAUAUAAUCGAGCCAGACACUACGGUACCCAUUGAUCCAGUCCCAUAUAGGAAGAACGGAAUAAAGUCUGAAGAUGAUGAGACAAGCGUGUCUAUCACUGCUUCUGUUAGCUACCAACCGGAAUUAAGGAGGGAGAGUCUGCGGCCCCAUGUGCCACGGAAAAGAACAAAGUUCAACCUCUGAUAAGUAACUCACCAAAGAUUUUUAUUCACUAUUUAUUUUACAAUAAAGCUUAUUUUACAAUGAUUGCACACAUGAAGUCCGUUUCUAUAGAAAAUUGCAGUAUUUCAGCAUUGCACCUUUAAAUGAGAUUUUUGAUGAUGUUGAUUUUAUUUUAUUUUUUUAUCUUCAUCAUUUUAUUUGGAACUGCGAUAAAAAAAGAAAAGAAAAAAAAAAUGGUUCCAUUACUUUUUUGGUUAGAAGGUGUUUGCUCAUGAUGAUGAAUUAAUUAGGUCUGUGAUGAAGGAUAAGUUGAAUGAAAUUAUACCGUCGGUAUUUAUGAAUGCACAUUUUACUGUGUUUAUGUAUAAAUGAGGAAAAAACUGGGAUGACAAAAUGUAUAUGUGUGUGUAUGGCCACUUUUGUAUGAUAGAGAGGUGUAUUGUAGUAUUGUUAAAUGUUUUUCUUUUACAUGUGUUUUCUAUGGAAAUGGAUUACCUAAUAAUCUUAGUACCGUAUACAUAUAAACAAUAUACUUACAUAUAAUUAAAUUCAGAUGUUUUCAGUGUUUAGUAGUGAUCACAAGAUAUUUAAUAAUAUCUUAUAGUUUUCAAUGUUUCAAAAUAAAUGUCGUGUAAUAGAAUUGCUGUACUUUCCACAAUAAUUGUAGUCAUUAAACAGUAUUUAAUGUUAUUUUUAUAUUUAUUUUAAUAAAAUUAAUAUAUAAAUUAGAUUUAUUUAGGCUGUAAAGUGUUUUGUAUUCAGGACAUUUGAUGUGAUGUAAUAUUUUAUAUUUAGUUUUUAUUUUUAAGUUUACGAAAAAAGUAAGUUUAUUUUUAUUUUCAUAAUGAUUUGCAUAAAUAGAUGAUGGAGAAAAACAGAUUCUGUGUUAGUGUUUUGUAGUUCUUUUUAUUUAGUUUUAUGAAAUUAUUUAUCGUGAUACUGUUUUCUAUAGUCUUUAGCAUUUUAAAUAUAAAAAUGAAUAUCAUAUCUGUACUUUUUAGAAUUAUAAUAAUGUCAAACGUAAUUAGGCCUUUGCCUAUAAAAUAUCUGUUAGUUCAGUAAGUUUCCUAUAGAACAACUGUAUACUGUAUAUAUAGGACCAUUAUACUGAAAUAAAAAUGAAAUAAACGAUUGAUUUUA